ACCUUGCGGACGUCUAAUUUCUAGCUAGUCAUCCAAUCGGACGUCGACUCUUUCAAGCUCUCUGCCGAACCCCAUCGUUCGGUUCCUUGCGGAAUUUAGGCUGCUGGAUGGGCGUGGCUGCUUUGAUUGCGGUGGUGAGUAGCACUCGAGGUCUGGAUAGAGGCGUAUUAGACUGCAUAGGGACUUUCUUGACCUGUACAUCAACGAUAGCUGCGUCAGGAUACCCUCCAUUACAGCGAAAUCCGGCAGUCUUGAAACAGAGUCUCGCAGUCACCUUCUGGGUCCACGCGCAUGUCACAGGAGCUCGCGAGGGUCAACGUGGACGACCUACGCAGGAAGGAGGGAUAGAGAUUCGUCGCCUACCCGACUGAUGGGAGUGCAUCUUGGACGCGCUGGAGUUGGCCGGUGAAAUGACCACUCAAUGAGAGCGCCAGCCUUCUCAGUGGAAAAAUG